GUUGGCUUCGUUCUCGUGUCACAAAUCUGGGCUCCCGGCUUCACUUCCCGGAUAGGACAGAAAUGUUGAGCAUGUUUUAUAUGUUCUGUUCAUCUAAUCCUUCUGUUCAUGUGGCAGUAAGAUGGUAGCCUGGACAUAAGUCAGCUUUUGUGGGGUUGCAUCAUAGGGAAGGUCAGUUACAAGGGUGAGGAGGGGAAGCAGCCAUGUUCCGAAAUGUGAGCCACCGCUGCAGAACACUAGGGUCUGUGUAUCCCCAUCAUCACGUCGGGCAUUGUCACACUGGGGUGCAGUCAGAGGUUCUGAAGGGCUCUUGGUACCCUCCACAUGAGUACCAUUACCAUGGCCAUGAAGAAGGGCCAACUAUAGCAUCUACAUUACCAUUAGAUGAAAUACUACCCAAAAAGGCAAAGGUGGUAGUGUGCGGGGGCGGAAUGGUCGGCACCUCAGUACUGUAUCAUCUGGCAAUGCUUGGCUGGAGUACGGAUAUUGUUAUGCUGGAGCAGGGAAGAAUUGGUGGGGCGUCCUCUUGGCGGGGAUCGGGGUUUCUUGGUGGCGUGAAACUUAUUAGACCAGAAAUGAGUAUUCUUCAGUCGAGUCAAGAACUGGCGCGAGCAUUGGCUGAAGCAGGACAUGACACGGGAUGGAAGCGGUGUGGUGGACUUCAUCUUGCUCGUACCCGUGAUAGAAUGACUCACUUUCGUAAAAUGAAAUCCAUUGCCGAAGCCCGAGGGACGGAAUGUUACACCCUUACAGCGGAGGAAGUGUCUCAGAAGUGUAAUAUUCUCAACACGUCAGAUGUUGUGGGUGCAAUGUGGGUGCCUGAAGAUGGUGUGUGUGACCCAUACAAGCUCACUUACACUCUCCUCAAGUUAGCGUUACAACGCGGCUCACAGGUGGUGGAAGAAUGCCAGCUGUCACGCUUUGUUGUGCAUGAUCGGCGUGUAAUUGCCGUCGAGACCAGCAAGGGUAUGAUAGAAUGCGACUAUGUGGUAAAUACUGGUGGUAUGUGGGCAAGGAAACUUGGCCUGAUGUCUGAACCUCGUGUUAAGGUGCCAGUUCAUCCUGCGGAACAUUAUUUCCUUUACACUCAACCACUUGAAGGAAUAGAUCCUAUGAUGCCAGCUAUAAGAGAUCCAGAUGCAAAUAUCUACAUAAGAGAGUUCAACGGAGGGUUUCUGUGCGGAGGAUUUGAAAAAUGGGCCAAACCCUCGUUUGAGCAAGGGGAUCUUCCAGGUCAGUUGCAUCAGCGUGAGUUGCUUGAGGAUUGGGAUCACUUCCAUGUCUUACUGAAAGAGAUGCUGCAUCGCGCUCCUAUAAUGAAGAAUUGUGUCCUUGGCCGUCUCUAUAACACUGCAUGUGCGUUUUCAAUGGACCACAGAUGGAUAGUUGGAUUGGUGCCUGAGCUUGAGAAUUAUUUUGUGGCUGCUGGGUUAAGAAGUGGCGGGAGCACUGCGGCAGGAGGCAUUGGCUCUAUGAUUGCUAACUGGAUUGUAAAGGGAACUCCACCCAUGGAUGCAUAUGACCUUGAUGUCCUGCGCUUUCUGCCCGCUCACAAUAAUAGACGAUUCUUGUCUGACCGUGUGCGAGAGGUUCCUGGAGUUCAUUACAGUAUUGCAUACCCGUUUGCGGACUUCAAAACGGGACGAUGCCUGCGGAUGUCUCCAAUAUUCCCUAAACUGAAGACUGCAGGGGCUGUUUUUGGCCAAGUAAUGGGCUAUGAACGGCCCAGCUAUUUUAAAAGACAAGAAAAUACAAAUUCAAAAGAUUACGAUAAUGAGAAUGAUGCGGAAAAUUCUGCACCAUUCCAAAUGGCAUUCACCAACACCUGGACAAAGCCGGAUUGGUUUAAUUCUGCGGCAGAAGAGUAUGCGGCGUGCAGGGAACGUGUUGCAAUUUUAGAUUAUUCGUCUUUUGCAAAGUUCGAUGUGUGGUCAAAGGGGAAUGAAGUUGUUGAAGCGUUGCAGUACCUGUGUAGUAAUGAUGUUGAUAUACCCGUUGGUGGUAUUAUACACACUGGCAUGCAGAACGCAUACGGAGGCUAUGAAAAUGACUGCUCUUUGGCACGUAUUGCUCACAACCACUACAUGAUGAUAGUACCCACCAUCCAGCAGACUCGGUGUGGCACGUGGCUGAAGCGUAAUCUUCCAGCUGAUGGUUCAGUAGUACUAAGUGAUGUUACGUCCAUGUUUACUGCCAUAUGCAUUAUGGGUCCGUUGGCAAAGAAUGUCUUGUCAGAGUUGACAGAUGUGGACCUCUCAACCAAAGCCUUUCCAUUUUUCUCAUUCAAGGAGAUAGACGUGGGUCUUGCCAAUGGUAUUCGUGCAAUGAACAUUACCCACACAGGAGAGCUUGGAUGGGUAUUAUAUAUACCUAAUGAGUUUGCGUUACAUGUGUAUGACAACUUAGUGUCGGUGGGGAAGAAGUACAACAUGCUCCACUGUGGCUAUUAUGCAAUGCGGUCGUUGAGGAUUGAGAAAUUUUAUGCAUUUUGGGGCCAAGACUUGGACUCGACAACCACCCCUCUCGAGUGUGGCCGCGGCUUCCGCGUUAAACUCAAUAAGAACAUCGACUUCAUUGGGCGAGAAGCAUUAGAGAAGCAGAAGAAGGAAGGUGUUAAGAGGUUAUAUGUGCAGCUGCAGCUGGAGGACCACAACCCAGAAGUGGACCCGUGGGCUUGGGGCGGUGAGCCGAUAUACCGUAAUGAUGUGUUUGUUGGUGUGACGACUACCACUGGUUAUGGCUUUACACUUAAUAACUUGAUCUGUCUUGGUUUUGUGCGGAAGUAUGACGAAAACGGAGAGAUGGCGUAUGUGACUGCGGACUACGUAAUGGCUGGUCAUUAUGAGGUGGACAUUGCUGGUGUGAGAUACUCGGCAAGUGUUAGACUACGCUCUCCCACUCUUCCAUCCAAGUUCCCCGAGACUCAAGAUACUAAUAGAUACCUUGCAACACAAACUUAAAACAGCAUUGAUCUAAAUUAGAAGAGGAGUCUGACAACAUUCUUAAACCCAAAGAAAUGUAAUUCCUUGGAACAAGAACAGAUGUAUGUGAUGCCAUUUAGUUAUAAUGAAUCUAGUCAUUGUUAUUUUAAAUUGAUAGAAAUUUCCCCAUAGUAAAAAGACUCAUCACUUGCUGGCUACAGGUGAACAUUACAUUGUAUAUAGAGUACUGUAUGUAGAUUAAGACUGUCUUGAUGACCAGACCACACACACUAGAAGGUUCGGUCCAUCCUGGACCACACAAUCGACUUGAGAAUGGUACAGGACGAACCGAAACGUCGUCGUCCCUUCACCUUCUAGUGUGUGGUCUGGUCAACAUACUUCAGCCAUGUUAUUGUGACUCAUCGCCUGCUUAAGACUGUCACGACAGUAGCGAUGUUUUGCUCGAACAAAUAACUUGCUUCUGUGGCCUUGUUGCUGCAAAACUUUGAAGUUUUUAAUUUUGUUUUGUAUAAAUGAGAAUUUGUUACUGUAGUGUAAAGGAUAAAUACAUGUUAUAUUAGCUCA